AUGCAGUUCUUUGUUGCGCUUGGCCUUAUUGCGCUGGCCCAGGCCGGUCUCUCUGUCGAUAUGCCCACGUUGCUCUCGAGCCCGACCAUUCUGGUCCCAAAAUUUGCGGACGACGCUCCUUCUGCUGCCGCUCCUCCCACGGCUGCGGCUGCGACGAGUCCUGUUUCGACACUGACCUCCGCAACGCAUACUGCACCUGCACCUGCGGCGGCCGACGAGGAUGAUUUCGCAGAUUUCAGUGCCGCCCCUUCCCUUGCGCCCGCCGCUGCCCCUGCCCUCCAUGCCACUGCUGCCCCUUCACUUGUGCCCGCUGCUGCCACUGCUGCUACCGCCACAGCCGCAACAGCUAUCGAUCCCAACGACAAGUACAGCAUUUUCCGAAUGGACGCAGAACUUGCGUCCGCCGCCACCCCUUCGGUUGAUGUGCAGGCCAAGGCCGCCGCAGCAGUCGUCGAUCCCAACGACAAGUACGGCGUCUUCCGAAUGGACACAGACUCGUCAGCUUCUCAGGUGGUUGGCGCCUCGCCGCAAAUUCCCGGCCCGACAUCCGCGCUUCUGGAUGGUGCCGUACCCGCUGCGACGACCUUCCCCCAUGCCGCAGCUGCGAUCACCAUUAAGGACCACCACCACGCCGACGACGAUGACGAUUUCGGUUCGUUUGCCACCGGUGUGCUCCCUUCACAGCCCCCGUCGUUCGUUCCCCCAUCUCAAGCUGUUGCUGCGACACCCCUGCACUCGUCAUUCGGUUCUGCUACGACCCCGGCCAUGUCCGCUUCGGCAUCUUCUGCCACUGGUGGUGCCUCACUGUUUGAGAUGAGCAAUCCUUUUGGUUCUUCAUCGGCGGCUCCUCCAACUUCCGGAUCUGCAGACAAGUACAGCGCCUUUGCAAUGUUUGAUUCUCCGGCUCCUGCUGCGAUGUCUCCAUCUGCAGCAGCGUCUGUCACGGCGACCGGAUCGCCUGUUCCUACCCAGGCGAGUGCGCCUGCGGUUUCAGCAACUGCACCUGCGACGUUGCUCAACGACGACAUUUUUGGGAGCCACGCGUCCUUUUCCAAUUCCGCGUCCUAUUCCCAACCAAACGGCGUGGCUGCAGCUCCUGCGACGACUGUUGCUGCGACCAAUGGUCCCUCGAACGUCACCGCCUCUCCCAAUCCGCUGAAUGAGGCGACUUUGGCAGAUCUCGAAUCGCACACCCGUGCUGGCCCCGUGUUUCUCGCCCCAACGGACGUGCUUUCCUCGUCCUCUCUGGGAUAUGUCGUUGGAAAGGGCUCGGUGAGCAGCUCGGUGGUGACAGAAAUGGGCAGCAGUGCUUACGAGCCAAGCAAUGCACCCUUGGCCAUCUCGCGCGUCGAUUUGUUCGGCCAGUCGGUGCACCAGCCUGUGCAGCCGUUCUCGGCAACGCAUCCGAGCUCGGUCGGUCGCGUUGAAGCUUCCGGACGCUCGUCGUUGGCCGGUGUGGACGGAGUGGCCUCCAACGGCGGCGACAACAGCAAUCUCGGCGACGAGGAGGAGGCUGCGACGAGCGACGAUGGCUUUGCCGAUUUUCAAGGCAUUCCUUCGUGGUCUUCUGCGCCCACCGCCUUGCCCGCUGUGGUGCUCAACUCCCCAGCCCAGGCUACCACGACCCCUCCCAAUCCGUUUGCAGCAACGCACGACCCGUUUGCCGCCUCGGAUCCGUUUGGAAUCCAUGCAACCCAAGCAUCGUCGUCCCCUGCGAUGGCAGCACACUUCCAGCAGCCGUUCGAGGUCGAUUUUGCGAGCCUCUCGACCAACACACUGCAUGUCGCUCCUGUGGGACACGCUCCCAAUCAAGCAGUCGACUUUGCUGCUGCGAGUGGGUUUUCAUCGGCCGUUCCAGGCGCAUCCGCCGACGAUGAUGACGAUUUUGGUACAUUUGCUACUUCGUCUCAGGCCGCGCCUUCAGCCAUGGGCACGACUUUGAUCCAAUCCACCAGCAGCGUCGCAAAGGUUGACCACGGUGCCGCUGAUGCACACGACGAUGAAUUUGGCGAUUUCGCUCAAUCUAAUGCCACUCCGUCCGCGACAGGGGCCGCCUCAAAGUUCGGCCAGCCUUCCGGUCUUUCGGCGAACGAGUUGUUUGCAUCCAGCUGGAAUGCCUUUGAAACCAAAUCCAUCAGCACCACAUCCUCGACAGCCGAACGAUCCACAUUCGCGUCUGCUCCCAUUCCUCCUCCUGCUGCUGCUGCCGCUGCUACUACUGCUGCUGCGGCAGUGAGCUCUGCUCCUCCCACCUGGUCAGUUGCCGCGCCCGUUCCGGGACUGCCACAGAGUGAAGACCGGUACGCCUUGUUCCACGAGUUGCAGUCUACUGAACUUCGUCCCGAGGACGAUGCACAGGCGAUUGUCCCGGCCGGCCAAUCUGCAGGCGCGCCGAGCGAGCACGCGGCUGCUGCUUCUGGCAUGAACGCCAUCGCGCGAGAGUGGAUUCGGGUGCUCGAAGCCAGCAAAGAUUGCCUCACUCGGGCCGUCAGCUCGUUGAAUGCACUCAUUCGACAGGGUUUUACGCACAGCCCUGCAGCGGUCAAAGAGGCGUUUGCUUCGCCAGCCAUGCGAUCUUUCGUGACUGACACUCUGGAAAUUUAUCGCGUCGUGCUGCGUUUGAAGGCCGCUACCCCCGCGCAGGUUCAAGAUUCAACAGGUCGCACAGUGUCCACCUUUGCGGCGCUGGAGCAACUCAAGGCGGAUUUGAUGCGGAUUCUUGCCGCACAAAUGUCGGAUUUCUCCAUUUCCAUUGACGCGGAAUCUCUGCGUCGCAGCCCCGAUCCACAACAAGGAUGUGGCCUGUGCUGUGGGACUUUGACAACGGCGCCUGCCAAACCGGCGAGCUCGUCGACAGCGGCUGUUUGGAGUACCAACGUGAUUGCCUGGGGCGGAAAGCAAUAUCAUGCUCCGUGCGCCAACCUUUGGCUCAACCAGGUCGAUGGCGUUCUACCAGCUCUGACAUUUGUUUAA